UAUGACGUCUAAAGGGAUGCCCCGUCGGUGGGAGUAAAUUCGCUUAGAGAAAUAAUCACGGGUGUUUGAGUAUUGUAACGCAUGUGAGUCUCUCACGCUUGUCAAAAUGUCGUUGGCGGGACUCAAGAAACAGUUUAACAAGGCCAAUCAGUAUGUCAGUGAAAAGAUUGGCGGAGCCAAAGGCACAGAACUCGAUGACGAGUUUACGGAAAUGGAAAGAAAGAUCGACAUUAUGGGAAAGUUGGUGGAUGACCUUAUCAUCAAAACCCAGGAAUACCUCCAGCCAAACCCAGCAUCAAGAGCAAAAUUAUCCACAAUGAAUGCAAUAUCAAAAGUCCGGGGCCAGGGUAAAGUGGCUCCGUAUCCACAACCAGAGGGAAUUCUGGGAGAACACAUGAUCAAACAUGGCAAGGAUCUUGGAGAUGACAGUACCUUUGGAUCGUGCCUCCAGGAAGCGGGAGAGACGUACAAGCACCUCGCAGAGAUCAAGUACAACUUGGAGGACAAUGUCAAACAGAAUUUCCUGGAACCCCUGGCACUGCUGCAGACAAAGGACCUCAAGGAAGUCAACCACCAUCGAAAGAAGUUAUCUGGGAGACGGUUGGACUUUGAUUGUAAACGCAGGAAGAAAGAGAAAGGAAGUGACAGCAAGGGAGGCUCGCGGGACCAUGCUGGAGGUUCCAACAUAACAGAUGAAGAGCUCCGUUUUGCGGAAGACAAGUUUGAAGAGUCAAAAGCCAUUGCAGAAACCUCUAUGUACAAUGUGUUGGAAAAUGAGGUGGAGCAGAUUGCCCAGAUGGAGACAUUUGUGGAAGCGCAGUUAGACUACCAUAAUCAGGCCAUGGAGUCGCUACAGUCUCUGCUGGAGAUCAUCAAGGACAAACGGAGCGAGGCAGCCAGCAAGCCACGAGGAGAGCACAUACCAAAACGAGUGUCCUCCUUCAGGAGAAGCGAGUCUCCCUCCUCCUCCAUGUUUGAUACGACCAAGAAUGAUAACUACGAUGGCAACUCAGGGAGCUACAACUUCUCUUCGAAUUUCAACCAAACAGGUUAUGAAGGCUUCGAUGCCUUUGAUGAGUUUGAAGGCCCAUCACGUUCCCAGCCAUGUGCGGAGGCCAUGUACGACUUCAUCCCAGAGAAUGAAGGAGAGCUUGGCUUCAGCGAAGGACAAGUCAUCACCCUGCUGACACAAAUAGAUGAAAACUGGUACGAAGGAUCUGUUGAUGGACGGACAGGAUUUUUCCCAGUAAACUACGUUGAAGUGCGUACACCACUGCCCUAACUCUGCAUUCCAGAGUGGGUUGUCUCCCUUGACUCAACUUGCCACCUUCAGACAGAUCGAGAACGAUGUGACCAAAGUUUUCUUGAUUGUCUGUUUAAUUGAAAACUUGUUGUGUGCGACAGUUUAUUGAUAGUAUGGUGCAAAUAUAUGAACAGUUCUAAACUGUUGAUAUGUUUAUAUUAUGACAAUACCUACCAUCCAAGUCACUUGUAUUAUAGAAUUCUCUCACACUGGUUUAGUACAAAAGGGAUUAACAUAUCACUUAAAUACCUGGGGAUGAAAUCUCCCAGCAUUCCUGGUGGUUAAAGUUGAAGGAAGGGAGAUAACUUACUAACAUCAGACUCUCAAGGUCUCAAGGACCCAGCUAGGAUCAUCCUUUCUAUUCAACUUAGUAUUGAACUAGACUGUACACAGAUUGGCCUCGUAGGCUUAUAUUGUCUCGUAUGUACCAACUAGUUAGGACAAGAUGAUGUUUGGGCGGAUGUAUAGCUUCCCUUUACCAACAUACUUGGUGCUAUACCCUCUGCUUUUAAUAUCAACUGGAUGUGGAUUGAGGUAUUCGCUAUAUAGCAGUGGUCAUUGUUAAAUACGGUUCUGUUUCUAGAAACCUCAGAUUAUCUGUUGAUUUUAACAUUUGACAUGUUAUUGUAUUUUUACAGUGAGAAUGAACAUCUUGUAAACAACAUUGAUUUCCUGUAUUAUUUAUGUUGAAUCAUAAUCAAAUGUAUUGAGUGUGAAAGACCGAUUUGUUUUAAUCCUUUUUACAACUUUGGUUCGAUGGUUAGAUGUGAAAUGUCCUGCACCAAUGAUUUCAUCUGUCAUCUUCAGUCACACAUACAAAUCUUUCUUUCUGAGUUUGUUUCCAUGCAAACGUCCAUUCAUAAUUCAGUCAUGCAACAUCAUCAUUUAAUGACUGCAUCUUAAAAUUACCUCAACACAACUCUUCUGGUAGUUUUCUGUCACAAUACAAGAAACAGUUGACUUUGGUCUGCAUAAGUUACCUCCCUCUGUUCAGGCCCUACGAACCUUAAAUGCACUUUUUGGGUGUCCCAGUAUAUAUGUGUCUACAUUUCAGACUGACCAUUGACUAUGUAACUACCAGUAUCUAUGGCUAUGAGUGAAAAACUACAUUUGCAAUUAUAGAAUGUAUUUUUAUUUUCUUAAAUUUUCUGUCUUGAUUAAUUUGAAGCAUUUUUGUAGGUAACUGGUUUACCUAGCGUUCCUGUACAUAGACUGUUACUGUUCUCCAGCUAGAUCCACUGUUCCAUGAAGAGUGCUGCCCCCAACAACUCCCACUUCACCUCCCCUGUAAAUGAUCUGAUUAAACUUGCUGGAAUGUCCCUUGAGCCGCAAUACAUCAAUUAUUUGGUCUUAAUGAAGCUAUCUGAACUUUCACAAAUUUCCUGUGGAUCUGUAAGUAGGAACGACUGACGUAUUUCAGACAUUAACUUGUCAUUUUGUGAAAGAAGUAAAGUCAUUCCAGGGAUCUUUUGAUAGGUUGAAAGUCGUAUGUGUCCAUACUCAGUCUGGCUGUUCAGCCAUAUUCAUACCUGUCCAAAGUGAGUCCUUUUGUUUUAUUUAAAGCAUAAAGAGCAGGUAACUGAUUUGUUGCCGUGGUAAUAAAUGAUCUUGUCACCAAACACAGUGAGUUCAUGCCACCACACGGUCCAACAUGCUGAGGGUUCACAAUGAAGUACAACAUUCUUGAGACAAGCAGGUCAAACAGCCCUACUCUAUGGAAAGUUCUUUCAAUUCACAACUCAAUGAAUAAGAAGUAUGUUUCUGAACCCUUCAAACAGACUGUACUCCACAUUGUCACUGAGCUCAAACCUCGGUAGAUACUGGAAGGGGUGCACAUAGGAAAAUGAGACAUCGUCUCUAAUUAAUUGAGGACAUUAUUACCUGAUUGAUACAUGUCAUCAUAUUUGAGUUAGCAAACAAACUUGCAAAGACAUGACCAAGCUUAUAUGCCUGCCCUUUGAUUGAGUAUGUUAUGAACAUGACUGGUGGUAUAAACAACUGCAGGAAGUAGUGUGUGGUCCUGUUCCUGCUCCUGCUGGGUGGAAGUAUUCAUCACAGGAAGCCCUGUGUAUGUGUGUGCACACAAUGUUAGUAUGGCUGUAGAUGUUGGAUGUGGCUGCUUACAGCGGGGACCAACCAUUUCAUAUUCUUGGGGGGGCACAUAUUUGUUGGAGAUAAUAUGUUCUCGGUCACUGCUUCAAGACGUAAUAUUUAUUUUUUUGUUAAUAUUACUAUCUCGUAGGUCUUUUUGUUUCGUUGUGUGUCAAAGCUUAGACAAAAUUGAUACUAUUCCUGCAUUUUCUGGAACUUUUGAAAUCCCAGUUCUCCCCCCUGAAAGUGAAAUGGUCAAUCCCUCAGGCACCAUGUGGGAAGUGAGAGUGAGAGAUGGCUUCAGCAUACACAGAUUGGUUGAGUUUAGAAAUCUUGUUGAUGUUAUUACACAUGUUAUCAGUUGUUAUUUACAUGAACUGUUUCUGUCAAAUGGAGCACUGGUAAAUCUCUACAUAAUCCUUAGGCUUUAAACACUUUUUGUAUAUUAUGCCAAAUAUAUUAACUGGUAAGCGCAUACAUUUGUGUUAUUUCCUUCAUUAAAACAGGGGCAUCUUUCUUAGGUUGACUGUACUUCCCAAAAA